ACCUACCCUUCCCCCGGUCACUUCCUCUGCAUUUAUGCACAGUAAUUUGGUUACUGGCAGUUAAAUUGCAUAGAUUACAUUAAUGAAAUGUUAAAGUACAUCAACAUAAACUAAAAAGUUUUUCUUAGGCCUGUAAUAUACCUCAGGAGGCUGAAAAAAUAAGCAUGUUUGUUUCCUUGUUGGUACUAAUUUUAAUGCCUAAAUCAAUGUUUAUAUACCUACUCAAUAAACUCUGCCUGGUUCUUAAGUAAUUUGUAAACAUUAGUGUUAACCUGCCUGAAAUGCUCUACAUGCUCGUGACUUUCUUUGUGCUGAACAAUAUUUUAUUAUAUGUAAAAACAUUUUUUAUAGUGCAGAAAAAAUAGUCUUUGUUUUGUUUGAAGUGUUUAUAACACACAAAAAAACAACAACUGUAGUCUGUGAAAUGAAGUCAUACCCAGUGAUGAUUUUACAGCUAGGUGUGUUUCAGGGGUCAAUUCACAGCUUCUGGCCCAGCCUCUAAACUCUUACUGACCAAUUUCAUUGAUUUCUGGCCUCCAGAGUUUAAUUAUAUCUACUGUUAAUGCUGUACAAUGUUUGGUGAGCUGUACUUGCAGGGAAUGAUUCCUGUCUUUUGGCUUAAGGGUUAUGUCCCCAAUCUCGAUACUACUAUCCAUAACUUACUGGAGUUAGAGAGAUGACAGAAAGGUUAGAAUAUACAUAGUAAAAACCAAGGGUGUCAUAGUGUAUGUGCAACACUUGGAUACCUUUACUGAGAGAUACUUCACCCUCCAAAGGCUUUAUCAAUCUAACACAGACAUGAGAAUGGAGCCUUUAAAAAGGCCUAUUUGUACUCUUAUUUUCUAUGAAAAUAGGAGAGCCAUAAACCUACACACUGCCAAAUCCUAUACAAUUUGUUGCUCGUCUUCAUGGCCCACAUGGAUGGCUACUGCCUCAAGACAUAUCCCAAAGAAAGCACUUGAUACUGUAUAGUAGCUUUCAUCUUAGUAUUGCAUCUACCAGUUCAAUAUCUGGGAUCUCAACAGGUUCUAAGGAUCAGUACAACUCCACAUCUUUGAGCCUGGAAUGGGCACACAGAGUUUGAGUAGGCCCUGGAAUGAAACCUAUUUUGACUGACAAUUAGAGUGAAUGCAGUGAGCAGAAUAUGUAGUUUGGCUGUGAACACAGGAUUUACUGGGCACAAAAAUGAAUCAUCAGUGAGCAUUACCAGAAAAUGGACCCAUCUCAGCACCCUUCAAACUACCAGUAAGACCUUAAUUCCCACAGGGCAUGGAUGGUAACUUGAGCGAGGUAGUUGACUAAGGUUAUCACAUGAACUAGUCACUUCAAUGUUCCCAGCCACUGUUUACUAAGACAUACCUCAGAAACAGUUCAAAGAAGGCAAAGAAAGAAGCAUCCAAACCACAGUCCUAGAGGAACCCACAGUGCAUGGAAAAUGCAGACACUUGGGUGACUACUACAGGUACCACAAAUCUUUGUCUCAAAAAGUACCAUAGGGCAGAUUCAAAACAAACUCAGUUUCAAGUGACAGAGACCCAUUGGAAUUUACAAUAAAGUACUUGCAUAUAUAAACAACAACAACAAUAAAAAUAAUAAUAAUAAUAAUAAUAAUAAUAAUAAUAAUAAUAAUAAUAAUAAUAAUAAUAAUAAUAACAAUAAUAAUAAUGAAUUUUUGUAAUCAAAAUAUUAUCCCAAACAUAAAUACUGUAUUGUACAUUUAAACUUACAUUGAUAAAAUGUAUUAAUCUCAAACAUAAUAAUUUAACAAUAAUAAAUCUCUGAAUUUAUGUGCCUAGAUUAAUGUGUGGAAGUUCUGGCAGCUUAUCUUACUUUAGUCAUUAUCAAAUUAUGUUUAUCAGGGUUGAAAAAUUGCAGUCACUGGCAACUCUACUGCAUCUAUAAUAUAAGGGAAGAGUACACAGUGAGACACAUUACCAGGACGGCCACCAUGGGGAAGGUUGCUUUUCUCUUUACUCUAGCCAUCAUUGGCACUAGCAACACUGUUGAGAGCCUAGAGCAGGGAAGCUGCCAACCAGGAUUCCUAAUGUUUGCUGGAAACAAAUGUCUGCAUGUAUCUAUUGGUUAUUACUUGAAUCACUCAGUGUCAUGGAUAACAACCUGGGAUGAGGCUCGAGAACGAUGCAUGGCGAUGAGUGAUGAUAUUUGGACUUCAGACUUGGCUUACUCGAUUAAUGAAGACACCUUGUACCAAUUUAAUGACUACAUAGCUAACAACCAAACUGGCAUGAGAGGUCUUGUUUUCUGGGUAGGAGCCUUCAAGAUCAACACUGUCUCACAAUGGGAGUGGACUGAUGGACAACUGGUUGACUCCAUGUCUUAUGUCUGGAAUGCAGGUGAACCUGCCGAAAGUUCAACUGGCACCCGGGGAGUGCUUGUUCCAGCUAACUCUCACCGCUUCUACAUGAUAUCCCAAACGAACACCUCCCAUGCACCUUCCUUCAUCUGUGAAGCUGCUCCCAAGUGUGACAGAGAAUAGUUUUCAAUGCCUGUUUUUAAAAUGAACAGAACAUACUGUACAAACACAUGCUCCUACAUCUAAGAGAGUACAUAGAUACUAACAGUUUCUAAACUGAACAGAGCACAGACACUGUAUAAACACCUGUAUAUAAAUAUAUAAAAAUAUCAGAGUGAAAAUAGAAAAAAACCUGAUCACUUUCAUGUGCUUACACACAUGUCUUCAGAGGAGAACUGAACAGAUACAACACCUGCUACAAAAUAUAACAGAGUAUAAAUACUAACACCAGCUUCUGAAUGUAACAAAGCACAGAUACUGUAUGAACACCUGUAUCUAAAUGUAACAGAGAACAGAGACUAACAUCUCUAACAAUGAAAAGCAUAGAUACCUGAACAUACUUCUAAAUGCAAGAGAAAUUCAAAAGAUUAGAUAUUGCGUAAACACCUGUACGUAAAUAUAACAGUGUACAGAUGUCAACACUUGUAUCUAGAUAUAAUAGACUACAUACCAACACCUGCUCCUGAAUGUAACAGAACAGAGAUACUGUAUGAAUACCUGCAUCUAAAUGUAACAGUAUACAGAUGUCAACACUUGCUCCUAUUUAACAACAGAUACUAACACCUGCUCCUAAAUGCAACAGUACAAACAUCUGCUCCCAUGUAACAACAGAUCCCAACACCUGCUCCUAAAUGUAAUAGCACAAACACAAACAUCUGCUUCUAUAUGUAACACAGCAUACAUACCAACACCUGUCUAUUUGACAAAUAAGUCACACUGCUUGCCUUCUUGGGACAGCCUGGGUUGAUAGCCCUUUGGGGUUAGUAACCCAAAGAAUGUCCUCAUUUUUUAGGACAUAGCAUUAUUCCUUCACUAAAAUUACACUAAUAACAAUUUUGUUGCAGAUACUAAAGAUGAUACACUAUUAGCAUAAUUACUAAGACAUCAUAUAGAGUAAUUCAACCAGUGGUAAUUCUUCUUUCUUUCAAUGCACCAGCCAUAUCCCACCGAGGCAGGGUGGCCCAAAAGGAAAAAUGAAAGUUUCUCCGGCAUGAUAGUGGCUUUCUUUGUAUUUAGCAAACCAAAAUUAUAAUUACACAUUUUAACUUCUACAAAGAAAUAAAUCUUUAUCUUUAUCUUUUAUAUAGAGGAGAAGGGGUUACUAGCCCCUUGCUCCUGGCAUUUUAGUCGCCUCUUACGACACACAUGGAGUGAUAAUUUUUUUUUUUUUAACAAGUCGGCCGUCUCCCACUGAGGCAGGGUGACCCAAAAAGAAAAUACUUUCAUCAUCAUUCAACACUUUCACCUCACUUACACAUAAUCACUGUUUUUGCAGAGGUGCCCACAAUACAACAGUUUAGAAGUAUAUAUGUAUAAAAAUACACAAUAUAUCCCUCCAAACUGCCAAUAUCCCAAACCCCUCCUUUAGAGUGCAGGCACUGUACUUCCCAUUUCCAGGACUCAAGUACGGUUAUAUAAAAUAACCAGUUUCCCUGAAUCCCUUCACUAAAUAUUACCCUGCUCACACUCCAACAGAUCGUCAGGUCCCAAAUACCAUUCAUCUCCAUUCACUCCUAUCUAACACGCUCACGCACGCUUGCUGGAAGUCCAAACCCCUCGCUCACAACACCUCCUUUACCUCCUCCCUCCAACCUUUUCGAGGACGACCCCUACCCCGCCUUCCUUCCCCUACAGAUUUAUACGCUCUCCAUGUCAUUCUACUUUGAUCCAUUCUCUCUAAAUGACCAAACCACCUCAACAAACCCUCUUCAGCCCUCUAAUACUUUUAUUUAUUAACUCCACACCCUGUCCUAAUUUCCACACUCCAAAUUUUCUGCAUAAUAUUUACACAAUUAUUAUUAUUAUUUAUUAUUAUCACACUGGCCGAUUUCCACCAAGGCAGGGUGGCCCGAAAAAGAAAAACUUUCAUCAUCAUUCACUCCAUCACUGUCUUGCCAGAAGGGUGCUUUACACUACAGUUUUUAAACUGCAACAUUAACAUUUAACAGGGGUACUCUCAAUGCCAAAUCCAUGGUUGAGGAAACAUCUUCACAGUGACAUCACUUCCAAAAUUAUUGACUUCUAUCAUUCUCCACAUGUGAGCAAUAAAUGCCAGGGUUGAGACACUAUGUUUCAGUAACAGGCAUUGGUGGUAAUCAGGAAAAAAUACAAAUUCUUUGUCUUGUUCAAUUUGAAAGAAAAGUUUUUUCAAAUACAGUGGCGCCUCAAGUUACAAACUUAAUUUGUUCUAGGAGGCUGUUUGAGUGCUGAUACCAAACUAAUUUGUUCCCAUAAGGAAUAAUGUAAAUUAGAUGAGUCCGUUUCAGACUCCCAAAAAUACACUUACAAAAGCACUUAAAAAAGUACACUUACAUAAUUGUUUGAGUUGGGAGCUGUUCGAAGCUCGAGGUACCACUGUAUGGCUAAAAUCAUGUUUAUUUUACGUUUAAAAAUGUGACUACAGAAGCAGAGCUAAGCUUAUGGUGUUCUGUCUUCAUUAUUUAGUCAAUUGUAAAGCUUUUUCAGGUCUGUCUUGCAGUACGAAUUUGUAACAGAAUAAUUUUUUAUAACAUACUGCGUUUAAUCACCAACUAUGUAUCAGAAAAGUCUAGUGGUUUGAAAAGUUAAAAACUUUUCAGACUACUAAGAGCUCAUUAUCAGUGGCCAAUUAGUUACUGUACUGAGGAGGUGAGGCUGAGCAUCUGUGACAACUUUACUUAAGUUUGACAUAAAUGCUUAAUAAAACUGACAAGUUAAAGAACUGGACACUUUUCCAACAUUUGGAAACCUUUAUUGUGAAAAUGUUUUGCCAACAAGUGGCUUUCUCAGUCCAGUACAGAGAUGAAUGGUGGAUGAUGAUGAGGAGUUGGAGGUAAUCAGUCCCUCAGCCUGGGGGGCUGAUUACCUCAAACUCAUCCUCAUCUUCCACCAUUCACUCUGUACUGGACUGAAGAAGCCACUUGCUGGAAAACAUUUCCACAAUGAAGAUUCCCAAAUGUUGCAAAAGUGUCUAAUUCUUCAAGCUGGCACUGGAAAAGCACCUAAAGUCAGUACCUGACCAGCCGGGCUGUGGCUCGUACGCUGGUUUGCGUGCAGCCAGCAGUAACAGCCUGGUUGAUCAGGCUCUGAUCCACCAGGAGGCCUGGUCACAGACCGGGCCGCGGGGGCGUUGACCCCCGGAACUCUCUCCAGGUAAACUCCAGGUAAGUUACCUCAAUAUCUAAUUUGGCACUGAUGACAAAAUCUUAUUAUUUUAAAAAGUUUUAAGUCUUUGGAAGUUAGAACUAGUGACUGAAACCUCCAUUAUUAAUGAGAUCUUGUGAUUAUUUAUAAAAGUUGUAUCAUAUGUGCAAGAUAAUUACUACUGUACUCUUGUACUUCAUCAAAAUUGCAUUAUUAUUUAGAAUAAAAAAGGCAUUAACAAAAAAGAUAAGAAUGAUUUCUCUAUUAUUCCUACUCUGUCUAGUAAUGUCUUUGUCCCCUAACAUAAAAUUAAAUAUGUAAUGCUCAUAAAUAUUAUUUAAUUUGUUUAUUAACACAUCGGUCAUUUCCUGCCGAGGCAGGAUGACCAGAAAAAAGAAGGAACACUUUCAUCAACAUUCGCUCCACCAUCAUUCGCUCCACCAUCAUUCGCUCCACCAUC